UACCAACAUGCACAAAAUUCUUUUCUUAUCAUCUUCAUAGAGGUGAAAAACCGGACAAGUGCCGCAAUGAGUCUCUCAGCUAAAGACCAAGCCGUCGUCAAAGACCUUUGGGGAAAGAUCUCCUCAAAGUCUGAUGAAAUUGGCGGCGAGGCCCUUGGCAGGCUGUUCGAGGUUUAUCCUCAGACAAAGACCUACUUCUCUCACUGGUCUGAUCUUCAUCCCGGAUCUGCCCAAGUGAGGAAGCAUGGAGCCACAAUUUUAAAGGCAGUUGGAGAUGCUGUGGUCCAUAUCAGCGAUCUUAAAGGAGCUCUUAGCUCUCUGAGCGAGCUGCACGCUUUCAAGCUCCGUGUUGAUCCUGCUAAUUUCAAGCUCCUGGCCCACACUCUUCAGGUCAGCAUUGCCCUGCUCUUCCCCGCGGAAUUCACUCCCGAAGUUCAGGUGUCUUUUGACAAGUUUCUCCAGAACCUGGCCUUUGCUCUGUCUGAGAAAUACCGCUAAAUGGAGCACCAGUUUCAGAAGACAUCAUUUUAAAUGACCUCCAUGAAUUAUGUUGACAAUAAACAUAACUGAACAAUAA